AUGGAGACCGCGUCUCCGAUGGCGGUGAACGUGGAGCAAGAACUCAAACAUCCAGCCCUGGACACCGUACGCCAAGUAUCCGACCCCGCCGAAUUUGACCUGGCUACGCCAGAAGAAGUCUCGAACAAAGAUUCCAGAGAGGGCGAUGCCAUCGUUGCACAGCCUGAAUCUGAAUCCGUGUCGCUCGACCAAAUCAACCGGAGUAUCGGGGACCUCACAAGUUCAAUCAAAGAGCUAGUCACUUCCAAAACAAAUCAGACACCGACAGCGAUGCCUUUUCAUCCUAGCGUGGACCUUUUUGAAGGCCCGCACGCAGUCAUUGGAGACGAUGGGGACGGAUUUGCUGGAGAAGGGCCGAACAGUGUGGCACACUCAGAAAGGAUCAUCCCUCAAGUUCGAGAGUGUAAUUGGGAACAGUUCAAGAACAGAUACGAUGGUGGUGAAGAGGUUUACGCUUUGGAGGUGCUGAUUGCUGGUGAUUCACUUCCACGUCAAAUGGAGGAUGAGGAUGCCAAAAGGAUGCACAUCCCUGGACGUAUGCCUGAACCUCCGCCUUUCCCUGCGGACCCGACCACCACGAUCACAAAGCACGGCCUAGCCCAUAGCGAAGUGCGCAGAGGCAAUUGGAUUCAACAGGUCCGGAUCAAUUCCAAAGCCGUGAUGAAGAUCCUUGGGAAGUUCAGUGAUGCCGACAAAACUUGGGAAGGCAAGCCACACACAUUUCUGCAGCCUUUUCGUCAUCUCCUCCACUUCCACGAGAAGAUGAAGGAGGAGCUUCAGAUCAUCGAGACGAAUAUUGCAGGCUCAUCAGUACCACCUGAGACAAAUGUCACCUCACAAGAUGGGAUCAAGCUGACGCGCACGGCGUCUGCUUCCGUUGCCGACGAUGAAGACACGAGCAAUGAGAAAAAUAACCAUCCAGACGAUCUGGAAUCGUUGUAUUUGAAGAAAGAAACGCUUGAAGAAGUUCAAUGCUAUGUUGACUUUGUGGAAAAGCAGCUGCUACCUGUACGCCAACAGCUCCAUAAUGCAACCGCGCCAGAAGUACCCAAAGUAAGCUACGAGGAUCUGACCUAUCUCUUUGAACCCGGUGAUCUUGUGUAUGUGCCGAAUUCUGGCCAACAAGGGAUCAGCGCAAAUGCGACCACACAGGAGAUCCGCAGGGUAUUUCGGGUUCACGUCGGCUACAAUAAGGAGUUGCUGACCGGCUGCGAUUGCUCCCUUUGCAAGGUACACAAGUUCACGUCAGUACAGUCGUACUACUUGGACUAUGAUGGAGAGGGAUACGGCUGUGUGAUGACUCCAAUCCACUUCGAUCCAUUUCCGGGGAAGAAGUCUGUUACGGAGCUGCCGUGCUACCCUCUUCGAUUCGUAGAAGAUCGGGAAACGAAGCUGAAACACGCCGAGGGUGAUGGGUCCAGAUUUGUGGAACACAUCACUAAGCGAUACGGCUUCUAUAACGGAUGGUCAGUCAUCAAAAGCCCUGCCGGAGACGACCUUGAAGACGCCAAAGGAGACAGGAUUAAGAGCCCAGAGCAUAUCGAGAGCGACGUGUUGGUGGACUUCACGGAAGCUUCCAACGUAUACCCGAAGUGGAAACCCGAGCUGAAAACACGAACUGAACAGUCAUACACGCUAACACUGGUUAGCGACCUGACUUCAAUCAUCACAUGGAAGGGCUCUGACCGCAAAGACUUUGUUCGAGAAAGCUCUGACAGUUUCAUGGAUGACAGUUUGUUUGAGUACCUGGAGUUCAACGCUUAUAUCAAGCGCGAUGCCUUUCUGACAAAGCAGCAUAGCCAAGAUCCUCCUACUGGCGAAGAUCUGGCGCUUCUGCCACGCCGAAUGUUCGCGUACGCUGUAUGGGACCGCAAAUUCGUGCACAUCGACUCCCGCUAUCUCAAGCCCGUGAGGCAGCAAGGAAAGGAGGGAGAAGCAUUCACGGACCUCCAGAUCGAGGACAAGAACAAACGACUCAUCGAAUCGCUUCUGAAAUCGCACUUCAGAAAGAAGAAGGACGAACAAGAAGGGACAGAAGUUCUCUCGCAAGACCUUAUUCGAGGAAAAGGUCGAGGCAUUGUCAUCCUCCUACAUGGUGAGCCAGGUGUUGGAAAGACAGCCACAGCGGAGGCCGUCGCUCAGAAAUACGAGAAGCCGCUAUUUCCCAUCACCUGUGGUGACCUCGGCUUCACCCCAGAAGGUGUCGAGAAGUCGUUGAAGGAAUUCUUUCGCCUGGCCCAUCUUUGGGAUUGUGUUCUAUUGCUCGAUGAAGCCGAAGUCUUCAUUUCACAAAGAGAAAGGAGUGAUCUCCAAAGGAACGCUUUGGUAUCCGUGUUUCUGCGAAUGCUCGAGUAUUACAACGGUGUGUUGUUUCUCACAACCAAUCGAGUUGGGGUUCUUGACGAAGCUAUCAAGUCUCGAGUUCACCUCCAUCUGCGAUACAACCAGCUCAACAAACCGCAGACAACACAGAUUUUUAAGCACAACAUCACUCGACUCAAGAACAUCGAACUUCAACGCCAGGAUCCAGCUGAUCGCUUAUUCAUUCUUGAGAGCGAAAUCAACGAAUUCGCGCUGACCCAUUUCGACGAGACGGCCGAGUCUGGCGUAGGUCGAUGGAAUGGUAGGCAGAUCCGGAACGCAUUCCUGAUCGCUGCUUCACUCGCGCAUCUCGAUGGUGAUGACAAUCCCGGCAUGCAGAAACAGCUCAGAAAGAUGCAUUUUGAUACUGUCGCCCAAACGACCAAGCUGUACGAUAAGUUCAGAAGUUCGACCUUGAACGGGGAUGACAGUUAUCUUGCCAUGGAUCGCGGUGAGCGACAUGACACGUUCGAACAACGUUCUCAUGUAGCUAUGCCGAGUAGCCCAUAUGAGCAGCCUUCGUAUGCCCAGCAGCAUCAUCGCAGGCCUCCCGGCUCCUAUACUGUGCCGACCACUCAGCAUGAACGUGCAAACACUAUGGGACCCCCAGGACACAUGCCCAAGCCUGCUACGCCAGUAUCAUAUGAGCAAAAUCCAUCGGAUGGAAUGUUUAGGGGUGCGUACGAAGCCGGUUCAAGAUCGUCUAUGGGAGGAGGAGAGUGGCAGCAAGGGCAGUAUACCAAUCAGCAAUACUGA